AUGAUUCCCUUGGACUCCACUUCUUCUUGGCUCCUCCCAUGCGCCCCCGGCGCCUUUCUACCUUGCUAUAUAUCAACAAAUGACGUUCUCUUCUCCGGCACUCAAGGCGCCAACUUUUCCUCUCAACCGCCCACCCCGUCUAGAGAGUUUAGCAACAUGCAGUCGCAGGCUUCUUCACCGGGCUCAUCCGCCGGUGCUCCUCCACAAACUCGGGCCAGUCGCGCCUGUGAAAAAUGUACGCGCGCGAAGAAGAAGUGCGACAAGGGCGUUCCCUCGUGUUCGCGAUGUACAAGGCUCGUUACGAAAUGCAUCUAUGACUACACGUUGAUACCGCCAACGCUGAGCAUUGCUGGCGACCAGCCCUUGGUCAACCUAUACGUCUCCGGGUCCAGCACCGAUCUUUCUCGCUUCAACCUCCUCGACCCCUCAAGCCGAGUCACGGCAGAACAGAUCCAUGUCCUCCUGGCCUCCCAUGGCGUGGGUUGGCGUGACAUCGUGACCGACUACUUUCAGACGAUGCACAAGUGGUUUGCCGUUGUCCAGACCGAGUGCUUCGAUGCGAAGCUCGACGCCCACUCUUCCUCAAUCUUCCAGGACCCUCCCGUGGUCCCGAACGUGGCCGGCUCGCCCUCGGGAUCGACCCGCGGUGCGGACAAGGCUGAUCCCGCCGAACUAGCAACCGUCUUUGCCUGCAUGUACUUGUGCGCGCAGUGGGCCGAGAGCACGGCUAACACACCUAACCCCACCGGCGCUUCGAAUUCGAUGUCAACCAAGGAUUUGUACGUUUCGAUCAAGAGAGCCUUCUCGCUACUCAAGGCGACGGCGAGACCGAGUGUCGAGCUCGUCCAGUGCGGGUUGUUGCUCGCAAUAUACGAACAUGGCGAGGGCGAAGUGCUCAGGGCGUACUCGACUUUUUCCGAGGCAGUAGCCAUGUCGAGUACACUGGGUGUGCGGCCUGGUGAGUACGAACAGAUUGCGGAUGAUUUGCCGGUGAGCCCUGCCGACGAGCAGUUGAGGGUGCUCUACUGGGCGCUUUUUAUCUGGGACAAAGUCUGUCACCUUGAUCGUGCCAUCAUGCCUCUUCCGAUAUUCCUUCCCGAGCCUUCUCCAUCGGCUCUGCUUCCCCUCGACAACUAUGUCUCAGGCAACAUUCUCAACCCUGAGCAGGUCCACCGCAUCCCCAUGCGUGCUCCUCUCUCGGCUCCAGUAUCCACGACACCUCUCGGCGACUUCCAGCGCUCAUGCCAGGCUGCCGCUCUCUUGUCUCGCGCACUCGAUUGGAGGGCGUCGUGUGAAGGCUCAAGGGACGAGACCCCGGUGCCCGAGGUGUUUAGUGCUCUCGACAUGGAGGCGAGGGAGAUGGCUGAGGUUAUGAUCAUACAAGAGUGCAGGACACCUUGUGGGGAUGCCACGGCCAUGUGCUUGUCACUACUUAUCCUUCUCUCGUCGACCAUACUAGAGUCGUCAGAUAUCGUCCUCACGGCACCGGAUAUAACCUUGAAGGCUCUAUCGACGCUCAACUUUUCCAUUCGUCUCGUGCUCGACGCAUACUCGAGCCUAGCUCACGGCUGCGCCACUCCCCUGCUGCACCCCGCCGGCGCGGCGCAGCAACUCCACGCGCAGUCAUCGAAGCUCCCGACGUUGAGAUUGCCUCUACCUUCGGCCGCCCAUGCAGUGCAUUCGGCGGCCCUUGCCUCGGAAGCCUUUACCCCCGUUGGCGAGGGCGAAGUGGCCACCUUGAGGAACAUGCUGGCCUCUUUGGGACAAAGGUGGGGCAUUGCCCGGCGGAUGAGAUAG